AGUUGUAACAUCGUCAAAGUUUUAACGGCUUAUCGAGUGCCAGUGAAAUCAAACUUCAUGUAUUCAACUCGUUUAAACAUUUAAAUCACGAUCGUAUUUCCUCGUGUGGUUGAACUCUAUUUGUUUUCCCUCUGCGUGGGUGUGAGACUGGUCCUCCUCCUCCUCCGAGGUGAUCAUGCCAGUUGUCCAUUGAGCUGAAAGUACUUAGCAAGAUCAAGUAUCUCAUCAUGUUUUUGAACAAGGAAUACGAAAAUCGUAUUUUAAAUCAAACAACAACACCACCUACGACUCCUCCUCGCAAGGGUUUCCAAUCACCUGGUGGUGACAGAUUCAUCCCCUCCCGAAGAGAUAAUAGUUGGGAAUCUCGAUUUGCUACUUUUUCUUAUGCACCUAAUGGAACCACAUCUACGUAUGAAAAAACUUCUCGAGAAAAUGGUGAGAGUAGGAGAGACGGCACUGCAUACAGGUGUCUCUUGAAGAAUGAGUUGCUUGGUGCCAAUAUAGAUUCAUUGAAGGGACAAGGAAAUGAGCAACCACAGGAAAGCAAAAAUUUGUUUGAGUACCUGCCCGCAAUUCCAGACCCACCAUCUCCAUACUCCCUUUCUCCCCUUAGUACCAAGAGUCAACUUCUGCUCCGGUCGCCACUAAAAGUUACCCAGAAGAUAUCCACUAUGCCAUUUAAGGUUUUGGAUGCCCCUGAUCUUCAAGACGACUUUUACUUGAAUCUAGUUGAUUGGUCCUCUGAAAAUGUCUUAGCUGUUGGUUUGGCAUCAAGUGUGUAUCUGUGGAGUGCUAGUUCUAGUGAUGUCACAAGACUUUGUGAUCUUGCACCUGAUGAUAACACGAUUACAUCUGUUGCUUGGAAUGACAAGGGAAAUUUAGUCGCUGUUGGCACUAACACCGGUUACGUACAAAUCUGGGAUGUUGCUGUGAACAAGCAAGUCAACAAAUUAGUAGGCCAUUCUACAAGAGUUGGGGCGCUUGCAUGGAAUGGUGAUAUUUUAGCAUCUGGCAGCCGAGAUAAAGACAUAUUCUUAAGAGAUAUUCGGACUUCCUCUUUGGUUCCAGACAAAAGACUUGUAGGCCACAGACAAGAGGUUUGUGGUCUGAAAUGGUCUCCCGAUAAACAAUACUUGGCUUCAGGAGGCAACGACAACCGCCUUCAUGUGUGGAAUUGCCACUCCCUGUCGCCUGUCCAGACAUACAAUCAACAUAUAGCAGCUGUCAAAGCCAUUGCAUGGUCUCCCCAUGAACAUGGUCUUUUAGCCAGUGGUGGUGGAACUGCUGAUCGUCAUAUUAGAUUUUGGAAUACACUGACUGGGCAGCCCAAGCAAAGCAUUGACACAGGCAGUCAAGUGUGCAAUCUUAUUUGGUCCAAGCACACGCACGAAUUCGUUAGCACCCAUGGCUACUCUCAAAAUGAAAUAUUAGUCUGGAAAUAUCCUAGUUUAGUCCAAGUUGCAAAACUGACUGGACAUUCAUAUAGAGUCUUAUACCUAGCUAUGUCUCCAUGUGGUGAAUCCAUUGUCACAGGAGCUGGUGAAGGAACUCUAAGGUUUUGGAAUGUUUUUAGGAAAGCAGGUUCUCAAAAGGAAAAUAAAUCGGUACUGAAGCUGUUUUCUAGUAUUCGUUGAUCUUUGAAGAUCCGUUGAAGAAAGGAAAGCGCAAUCAAAAGCAGUUCCUCUAUGUACCUGAUAUUAGCCUUCAUGGCUCUUUUUGCAUGGUGAAAAAAGAAAAAUGAAGAUUAAAAUAUUACUGAGUGUCAGAUUAGAACGGACUGCUCAGUAAUGCAUGAAGACUGAGUGAUGCUCAUACUAGUUCAGCUUGGUCCUGUUCCCUUGUUGUUUGCAUGUCCAUGUGUAUUUUGAUUUUUUGUGUCUGAAUCAAAACUCCCCAUUAUUGUUUUUUUUUUUUUUUUCAAUUUGAUUGUUUUGCAUUGUAUGAGAACAGUUCUCAUUCCUGAAGUGCAUCCUCUGUAGAAGGGACAGUAUCAAGCAUGUGUGUAUCAAAGUUCUUAUGCACUUGUGAUAUUCUAAAUGAUAUGUUUCUUAGCUAGAAAUAUUUGAAGUUUAAAAGAGCUUAAACCAUAUUUUUAUAAGGUAACCUCUUUUUAUUGUUUUGUAGUUAUUUCAUAAAUUUUUUUGUCAAAACCUGAACUUUUUUUUCUGUGCAGUGUCAGUGCAAAUUGAUAGAAUCUAUCAUAUUGUUUCAAUCAUUAAGUGCCAAGUUAAGUGUUGCCAAGGCAUGUUAGGCUAAUUACUCAUCUACUUCAUUUCAUUUCAAACAGGUCAUGCCUAAUUUUUUGUGCUAUUUCCCUUAACAUUCUGUACCACAUGUACUUCAUUUUGUUUCAAUUAGUGGUUUGGAGUAAGUGCCAUAGCCAUUUAUUAACAUGAACUUGGCUGCCAUUAAUUUCAGUCCUGAAGGUAUACUUGUACCAUCCUAUAUUUCUUGACAGGUUUUUACAUUUGUCUUGAGUUGUGACAUAAGAUUUUUUUUAAGUUUGUAUUCAUUUUGAUUAUUAUCUAUCAUUGUUUCAGUUACCAACGUUACAGUUAUUUGUUAUGAAUGUAAUAAAGCUUGGUUGAGAGUUAACCACGAUAAUGAGAAUUUUA